GAUCAUCAUCGCACCAGUCGAUGGUCCUUCUAACUGCAUUGUUGGGGGAAGAAGCGACGCCCCGCUCUGAGGAUCAAACAUCCCCCCCCCCCCCCCCCCUCCCCUGUGAUCGGCACGAACCCCAGUUCUGUUUUCAUGGAAAUCAGACCCAGCCUCCGGACCGCACUUUCUGCAGACAUGCGAAGUUGAAGGCGCAUUCCCAGCCGGGACAACUGAACUCGCGAUGUUGGCGUCUGGGAGAAGCUGAUUCUUUCAUUCUGCUCCCCCUCUCCCUUUUCCCCCAGUACUCUAUUUUCUUCCUGAUUUCGUCUUGUUCGCUCCCGUUACUUUUGGACUUCACUCCAACAUGCUGCACCUGACGAGCCGCUUUGUUUUCUGCGCACUCCUCGCCUCCGUUUACGCGUCGUGCCCUCCGCGCUGCGAGUGCUCGGAAGCGGCACAUACCGUCAAGUGCGUCUCCAAAGACCUGAGAAGUAUCCCGAAGAUCCCGGGAUACACCAGGAAUUUGUUUAUAACUGGGAAUCAGAUCAGCCGAAUCGGUCCGGAGUCUUUCAGAGGUCUGGAUAAUGUGACCACCCUCUCCCUGAGCAACAACAGAAUUUCAGAGAUGGAAUUCCACACCUUCUCCGGACUUCUCCGCCUUCGCUCUCUGGAUCUGAGCAACAACCAGCUGACCGUCAUUCACCCCGAAGCCUUCAGCAACGUCAGCCAGUCCCUGCGAGAGCUCAAUCUCAGCCGAGCCCUCUACAACUACUCGUCGGUGAUGGACCUGGCCGCCUCCCUCCAGAUGAUCUCCAUGGCGAACCUACAGGUCCUGGACUUGUCCGACAACAGCCUCAUCUACCUGCCCUCGCGCACCUUCUCCCGCAUGUACGGCCUGCGCCGCCUCCAGCUCUCCAACAACUCUCUGGUGGCCAUCCGCAGCCUCGCCCUUUCAGGUCUGGAGAGCCUGGAGGAGCUUGACCUCACGCUCAAUGCCCUCAAGACCUUCAACGACGAAGGCUUGCAAGAGUUGGACUCCCUUCCCCGAGCCUCUCUGCUUCUGGGGAAGAACCCGUUCACAUGCACCUGCGGCAUUGAACCCUUUGCGCAAUGGCUCAACAGAUCCCAGAAUCGCGUCAGGGAUGCAGAGGGCCUCCUGUGCGCCUUCCCUCCCAGCAUGAGGAACACAUCCAUCCUCGCAGUGGGCAUGCUGACUCUGGAAUGCCAGCAGAGGGACGAGGGGGCAGACCUCGCUUUGCAGACCUCUUAUGUCUUCUUGGGAAUCGUUCUGGGCUUCAUAGGCCUCAUUUUCCUCUUAGUACUUUACCUCAACCGCAAGGGAAUCAAGAAGCGUGUGUAUGACAUGCGGGACGCCUGCAGGGAGGUCUGGGAGGGCUACCACUACCGCUUCGAGAUAGACUCCGACCCCAGGUUAUCACAAGUCUCCACAAGCGCUGACGCAUGAGAGGACGAUCACUGCACUGCAUCCGCAAGAAACUCUUUCUCCUAAUUUGUUUAUCAGUUGCAGAAUGUAAAAAAAAAUGUACAGACGUGCCUGUAAAUAUAUCUUCAAACAACAACACUUUGAUUGAAGCAUGCGCUCAUCAGUCAAAUGGAGAUGUUUGACACUUUCAAGAAGCAAAAAGUAAGUGCCUGAAGUGAGCUCAGUAUUGUUUUUUUCUCUUUUAUAUUUGUGAAUCAAACAGAUCUCAUGGAAAAAAGAAGGGAAGGGGGAGGCGGGGAUAACAGAACUGCAAUAAAAUUCUGACACUAUGAAAACAAACCUUUGGGAAUUUAAAGCACAAUCACUCAUUCAUCUUUGAUCCCUUUCAAGCCCUUUGGUCCCUCCGGCCUCCUGCCCCAGGGUGCCAGAGAGGAAUUAGGGCACCAAAAGCUGCCGCCCCCCCCCAAGCUCCUCUUAAAAUCACCACUCUGCUCCUCUUUGGCUGUUGGAUUAGAAGUGGAGAAGACAAUUCAGCACAGGCCAGCGGAAAUCUCCCUGCCCCUUCCCUCCAUCCUUCCCCCUUUCUCUUUUUCGUGAAACUUUGCUUUGUUUCAACUCCUUGAGUUUUAUUGUCAAAAUGAUGAGAACCAGCCCCGAGCUGAAGCCGCUGAAAGUAACCCCCCCCCACUCCUCUUUCUUCCCCUCCUCCUUAAAGACAACAGCCCUCGCUCUGGAGGAGCUUUGAAGGGAAAAAAAAGAAGAAGAAGAAAAAAAGGUCUGGCUUUCCACGUUUUUCUGUUUAAAGGGCUUUUCCUUCCUGCAAUGAUAAGAUACAGAUGAUUCUGAAACACCAGCCACAUUGUUUCAUUCACAAGGUCUUUUCAAGCGGCUUGGUGAAGACAGAACAAUAUGUGCUUUAAAGGGUUAGUUUAGAUUUUGUAAAAAGCGAGGUUCUAUGAAGCUGUUGUCAGUGACAGCGUUCUUACCUAUCAUAGCAAAGAUUUCAUAUUGCAGCCAGUUUGGAGAGAAGAAACAAAAUCCUCAGAGCGGCAGAAUGCUAACAGCUGGUCAAAUGGAUCAACAAAGUCAGGGCUUCACAUGCUUCAAUGUGGGAUCAUAGACUAUUGCGUUUUGGUUUUGUCUUUUUAAAGCUGUGUUGCAAGUAGAGAGCAUCUUAACAACAGUAAGCAGCAUUUUCUGUCUGGACAAUCAAGAAAAAAUGAUCAUAAUAUGGUAAAGCUAACAGGUAAUUUUUAAAAAUCCUAUAUUGUAUUACUUGAAUGCUAUUUAUUCAAAUAAUAAAUAAUAUCACUUGUGUGCGAUAUCACAUUCAAGUUGGAGCUCUGGCUGGGUCACUGCAAAACCUGUUUAUCACUCCUCUUCAGAAAAAAAUAUGUAGAUAAAAUGAAAAUAUUACUUUAAACCUGCAGGAUGCACAUUUAAAACAAUAUAUGUUUUUUAUACCUUUGUUAAAACUGCAACCAUGUUGUGUUCGUGUAGAGAUAAUCUGAGAAAAGGUCGAUGUGACCCCUUUUGCUGCAUGAAGAAACUUACCGCUCUGAGUCAAAAACAACCAAUCAGAGCUGGGAGGCGGGUCUUAGCGCUGUCAAUAAUCCUCAUGUACUUGCUGCUCAAUGGGCUAAUGCCUUAGCAUUCUCUACAGGUUCUGCUAUCAGGAAGAAGCUGUAUCAUAGUAGAGAGAAAGGAAGGGAGCGCCACACUAAGGGUGAUUGACAGCGCUAAGACCCACCUCCUGACUCUGAUUGAUUGUUUCUAGUUAGCACUUGGAGAAGGCAGAGAAGCUAAAUUUUUCACAGUCUCAUAGCAUACUGUCACAACAUGGUUUUAACAAAUAUGUCAAAAAAAACAUUUUUUUAAUGAAAGUUACGUACUGCACCUUUAAGCAUGUACUAUAUCCACCUUCACUGAUUUCACAACAAUCAUAACACAUGCAAAAACACAAACUGGGACUGCAACAUAUCAAUGUCAGUCCAUCAAACUUGCUUUUUGUCUUAUUGCAUGCACAAAUCAUAAUGAGAUUUAUUGGACAAGAUUUUGUGCACAAACCAUAAAUUUUGUGCUCACAGCAAACAGUAAGUAUGAAAAUUCAACGUGCAAUUGAGCAAAGUUGUCAGCCAUCGUGAAAUACUUUGUUUACAAUAUCCUACCACAUAUUGCAUCCAAGUAGUCUUUUUUAUUGCAAUAAUGAUUACUUGUAUUUACUUCACUGGUUGCAUCAACAUUGACAACAUUGCUAAAUCUUUAACAUGGGUUGGUGUUCUACAGAUUCCUGGCUAGCUGUUAGCCCAUCUUAGUCUCCUGUGACUUUUAUUCCCUUUUUUUGUCUAUUUUCUACUUGCUGCAAUGUGACAUUUUUCUGCUACACAUACAGUAACUACAGAAACUUCCAGUAAAAAACACAUUUUAAAAACCUAAACCUGAGGAAUUUUCCCUGCUACCAUUGCCUUUUACUACUGGAGUAAUGUUAACUGUGUGUAUCCUAUUUGUACUUGGAGAUCAGAUUUUUCCAGUUUCCAGUGGGAAAUCUAUGGAGAACCAAGUCGGAAUUCCAGUGGGAAAAGUCCAAGUUUAGUACUAAGGAUGGUUCCUGAGUAAGAAAAAAAAUGUCAUAAAUGUGGCAGAUAUGAACUUUUUGUGAAAACUUCUGGUGUUAGGAACUUCCUUAAACCAGUGAGGCUCAUAGCAUUGUACAUUAUUUAUUUGUAAACAUGCUAUUUUAAGAGCUUGAAUGGACAUUACUGUGUUAUCUUGUGUUUCUUAAAGUGCCAUGUCAUAGUGUCCUGUAUUUCCUUGUAUGUUAGCACAUUAAAAAACAGUGUUAGGCAGAUUUAAGCGUCAGAACAUGAAGUGGAUUUUGUGAAAAUUCAAAGGAUGUCAUAUGUUUGUAGUAUGGCUGCACCCCCAGCCCUGAAUAGUGGAUGAGAAUUGGGAUGAAGGGUGUGGAUUUUACAGUGGCCAAUUGUGAUCAGAUAAUUGGUCAUUUUCACUUUCAGUCAUCCCAAAAAGAAGGAAUCUUUAUCAGCACAAAGUUUGUAUAAUGUAGCAUACAGAUUAAAGAAUGUAUUUAUUUGGUCCUUUCAGACAUGUGUUAGCAUUUGUGUUAAUGCUAAAUCGGUGUGUAUUAUUAUAGGAUUCAUGGUGCAGAUUGUAAGUUGUCCAAAAAUCCGUGGCAGCCAGAGUGGCCGUCAAUUAAACUGCAUUUCCAUUACAAAUGUGCGCAAAAAUUGUCGAUAUUCCGCAAAUGUCGAAAAAACACAAUUUAGCUAUGUUUUGUGUUUCCUUUAAAUAAGAAACACAAUUAAAAUCACAGGUGGAUAUGUUUGUUCUCCCAAUAAAAAAUCAGCAUGCUCCUCCAACUACUUCCUGUCGUCUGCUGCGCCCGGGGCAACCUCUGCUUGUUGAUCAUGUGACUCGAGUGAUGUGGAAAAAACGGAUUUCUGUUGCAGUUUUGCGAAAUAAAUCAAUUUUGCUCAUCCUAGCAAAGUUUUGCCGUGUUUCCAUUGAGCAAAUUUAUUUUUGAAAUGUCAAACUGCGCAGUUAUAUAAUCAGUGGAAAUGCUGAUUGUGUAAAUUACAUAGCUGCUGCGGAAGUUUGUUUACCUGAGGCAGCGUACCUUCCUUUGGAAAUACGAAGAAAGUGUGCAAUAUUAAGAUGGGAGAAUAACAAUUAGCACCACAGCCAUUAGCAGUUCCUACUGAUUUGGACUUCCAAUUGGAACAGCUGCGCUUUGACUUCCGAAACAAAUCAGAUGCGGCCUAAGCAACCUGUGUGAUUAUGGAGUCGUUUUUACCCAGCUACUUUAGCCACACUGAAACCUUAAAGUCCCAAAUGGGAUGCACAUGUUCAAACUGAAGCAGAGAAUGAAUUCCAGACGGUGUCAUGUGUAUCAUCCUUGUUUUUCCAAAUGACAAAAGCAAUUCUCUGUGGCCUUUUGAUGCUCCCAACUCAGACUAGAAGAAGAAAUGGAGAGCUGCCAUUCAUCAAUGUGUUUAUUGUCCAAAUUGUUAGCUAUCAAGGUAUUUAGAAUAGGCAGAGAGAGAGAAGGCCUGGAAUCAAGCCUCCCUUUGUUCGAAGCCAGAACAGCAUCUUCAUCCUAUCAGUAUGUCCAAACCUCUCCGGCGGCCAUCCCAAACUGUUUACGCCACGGAGCCUUUUUAGUGGAUGUGGAAUAACAAAAAAAGAAACACGAGGAGCUCUUGAUGACUGUGCACACUCAUUUAGACCAAAUGUAAUCUUGUGUGUUUAGAAAAGCAACACAAAUGAAUGUAAUCUUAAUGCUCGGGACCGAGGUCCGGGUAUCAUUUCCCCUGAGCCGCAGCGCCACAUUAAGCCGGACAUUUAGUCACCGAAAGGAGAAAACAAUUGAGCUCCGAGGGCCGACACAAAGGGCCAGCUCGGAUGGCGAGACGGUUCAAAGAAGCUUUGUUUUCCAGCGCAAAAAAAAAAAAAAGAGAAGAAAAGAAUGCCUUGUGAUACUUAUUGUCUCCGAAUCCACAGUGCAACAGGAUUCAUUCAUGAUGACAAAGUUAAGCGCUCUGAUCCGGCUAUUGUUAAACUCGCAUCAUUCUUAAUAAUUGCAUUUGGAAGGAAAAUACCAAGAGGAGCUUUCAUUGGCCCGUUCCACAAGUCACACCCACGACAUUAAGCCGACUGCGGGUCAUUGGUGUCAAUUUGCAGAGCAGAAAGACGAAAAAUGUUCCCUGCAUGUCAUUACUUCCCUUUUUUACUCAUUAAAGUGUGUAUUAAAACCA